UAGUCCGAAUAGCAUCGCCCGCAGCCGCAGUCUUAUGCCUCUAAUCGGGGGGGGGGGGGGCCGGCCAAGUUAUUUAGGAGCUUUGAAAUGGUUGAUAGAGAUGGAAGUAAAUUCAUGAGAAAAGAGGAGGGAGAAACACAAAUAUUCAUAAUAAGAUUGAAUUUAAUAAAAGAGGUUAAGUCCAUCAAAUAUGAAAGCACAAUAGAAUAUAUUAAUUGAUCAAAUUUUAAUCGGUAACUACUCCUUAAACAAGUUUAGGUUGAUUUUUGUAAUUUAGGGGAAGACUCUAGAAACGAGUAUCCUAUAAAUUGAUAAAAAUAUAUAUACAGAGGAAGACUCCAGAAACGAGUAUCCUAUAAAUUUAUAAAAAGAGACAAAGCCAAGAAUUAGCCAUCGCUUCUGAUGAUUUCAACUUCCAGACUAAUCGAUUCCCUCCAUAAAUACAAUUCACAGCCUUUCUCUCAAACUCCAGUCUUUCAGAGCUUCGCUUACUAUGACGAAUGAUUUGUUUGGAUAUCCUCUCCGGCGCUUCCCGUGGACUCCCGCCUCCUUUCGGCAGCCGUCCGGCGCCGUUGCACUCUUGGAUUGGCUCGAAACAUCCAGUGCCCACAUCUUUAAGGUUGACGUUCCAGGGUUUAGCAAAGAUGAGUUAAAAGUGGAGAUUGAGGAAGGAAAUGUUAUGCACAUAACAGGAAACAGUGGUGAAGAGGAAAGUGUUGAGAAAGAAGUCAUUUGGCAUUUGGGUGAAAGACAAACAGGGAAAAGAAGUUUUUCCAGGGAGAUUGAACUGCCUGAAAAUGUGAAGUUGGAUCAAAUUAAAGCUCAGCUUGAAAAUGGACUCCUCACCAUUGUUGUACCCAAAGAUACAACACCGAGGCCAUCAAAAGUCAAGAAAAUAAAGAUUAUUAGCAAGCUUUAAGAUGUGAAACAAAGGUUUUUGGAGGAGAAUGUAAUGCUAUCAAUGGUGUUUUGAUGUUCCUGUGUGUUAAUAAAUCAUGGGACGAUAGUUGGAAGCAACCAUAUUGUAGUUGUAAAUACGGCUGUCAAGUUAGAUAAAUGAUGUAUAAUGUAUAAAUGAUGUAUAAUGUUCCUAGA